AUGUCGGCGACGAUCAACGCCAUCAUGGAUUCCAAGACGUAUACCACCAACAAUAUGCGGCUGAUGUUCUACAAUGGUGACGUAGAUACCGUAUGCCAAUUCCUCGGUGACCAGUGGUUCAUAGAGAACCUCGUCGCUCAACGGAAUCUCAGCGUUUUAUCUAAUCGACAGCAGUGGACCUAUCAAAUGGCCCCAGGGUUCAGUCCAACGAUUGCAGGUUACGCAAAGGCAUGGACUCAGAACCUGGCGCAGCUUACUGUAAAGGGUUCUGGUCACUUUGUACCGAUGGAUCGUCCAGCCCAGGCCCUUCAAAUGCUUGUCAAUUUCAUAACAAAUCAGCCAAACUACAGUAACCCGAUAUUUUAUGAAUCAGACAGAAUUCUCUCUAUGCCGGGACUCACUGGCCCGUUGGGAUUCAAGCAGUACUCUGGAUUCCUCCAAGGAUCCCCUACUCACAUGUUGCACUACUGGUAA